AUGGCGGCCCUCGGAAAACGGCCCCCAGAGGACGACGCCAAGCUGCCAACGUAUAAACUCGUCGUCAUUGGCGAUGGUGGCGUCGGAAAAUCCUCCCUGACUAUUCAAUUUUUCCAGGUUUUGUGAGAAAAUCGAAAAAAAAAGACUAAUUAAUUAUUUUCCAGAAACAGUUUAUCGAUUAUUACGAUCCGACCAUAGAGGAUCAGUAUAUCCAGCAUUGCGAGGUCGACGGAAAUUGGGUCAUUAUGGAUGGUAAUGGUUUUUUUGUAAUAAUUUAAUUCUCAGAGCUUAGAAAAGGGGCUUAUUAGCUAUAGUAUACACGGGUUUAUUUAUUUUUUGUGUUUUGAAAAAUUCAACAAGAAAAAACCUCAUUUUGCGGUAUGGAAUUUGCUAUAAAUUCGCUCAAAUACUCAAGAAAAUAAUAAAUCUAGAAUAAUGGAAGUGAAUAAACUAUUUUUUUGUAAAAUUUCUAAUAUAGCCGAUUCACGGCUAACUUGGAACUCUAGGGGGCGUGGCCUGUCUGCGCUCUCCACAAGCCAGGUGCUAUCUCGUGCAUUAUCGUGUCAGGACCCUUUUUUUGAUGGCUCAAGCCAGUCGUUAAUCAGCUUUAGUCUUUACAUGCGCAAGUUUUUGAUUUUUAAGAUAUUGAUUUUGAAGUUUUGCGUUUACCAAAGAACCCACAAGAAGAUCUUUUUACUUGGAAAAUAUAAAAACUUGCCCAAACAAUCUCUGAAGGUUUAUAUGAUGAUCCCUCAUAGUCGUUACCUGGUCCAACUCAUAGUUUUUGAGAUAUGACUUUUCAAGUUUGCAGCUUUUUCGCUCUGAUUUUGAGCCUAAAUUUCCGAGCUUUGAAAAAAUUUAUUUAAAAAACGAAAAGUUGGACCAGGUUGGAACUAUGAGAGGUCUUUAUCUUGGCCUGUAGAAGAAAAUAAUUUCGAACAAAUCUGUACAAAUUUUCAAUUCUCAAAAGUGAUAUCCCUUGCUAGAUUCUUUUAUAGUCUUUUCAAUGGGAAAAAAUAAUUUAUCACAUAAUUCUCAAAUCGCUUCUUUUUAUAUUUUAUUCUCCUAUUAUUGGAUCUCUAACUGGAAAAUCACUAUACGAAAAAUUGAAAAAGGAAAUUAUCUUAAGCAUUUUUAAUAUUAAAUUUCGCCCUAACCUGUCACCUUUAAAAAAAAUUGAAAAAAAGUACAGUAUGAAGAGCUUUUUCGCGCGCUUCGCUUCAAGACCUGUAAUCUGAAGGUGUACCUUGACCAGAAAAAGAAAGCUGACGGGGAAUAGGAAAUCUUCAAAGACUUGAAUAUGACGAUUCAUGAAGAGGAUCACUAACCAUCUUUUAAAACCGAAAGUUCCCAGUUGAAACGGCUAAAAAUUAACUUUUCUCACUUGGAAACUUCUUUUUCUACUCUGACUUUUUUCAACUAGGGUUAAGUAGAUCUAAAUGAAUUUAUAUUUUAAGUUCUGGACACGGCCGGCCAGGAAGAGUUCUCCGCCAUGCGGGAGCAGUACAUCCGCGGUGGUCGGGGAUUUUUGUUAGUAUUUUCUGUGACCGAAAGGAAAUCCUUCGAAGAAGCUCAUAAAUUAUACAGACAGGUUGGAAAUCGUCUUCAGAUUGCAAAAAAGGAAUUAUUUGAGGUUCUUCGAGUAAAGGAUCGGACCGAGUAUCCAGUUCUUCUUGUUGCUAAUAAGGUGAGAGUUCGAAAAAGUUGGAAAAACUUUGAUAAUUUCAAAUUUAGGACUGGUAAGGAGUACAACUGGCUUCUAUUUUUGAAGCCUAAAAAAGUCCCUUUCCAUCAGAUUUUUUGACAGGAUCAUUGAAGUACUGAGAAAGUCUGAAGUGAUCAUUUUAGGAGUGAUUGAUGUUCCGAUUUUCUUGAUAUUACAUGAACUAGAAAUUACUACACCUCUGAAGGGGUCACUUGAGGGGGCGUGGGGUAGAUCAUCUAGGCCUCUGAAUGACGGACUUAAAAUUCCAAGUUACCACUUGAAAAUCAUAAGGUUUUUUUUUUUGGAGUCUAGACCCAUGCUUUUUAAGAAUUUUGAAGGAGAGUAACUCAGUGAAGUGACCACUUUAGAGGCCAAUCUUGUUACUUUGUUUAUUUUUAGAACAGAAAUGAUAUCUCUCAAGUCAUCUUUUCAAAUUUUGAUAACGAUUUGAGAAGAGGGAUUUUUUAAGAGAUCACUUCGUUGCUCUGGGAUUAUAAGAGUUCAUUAAAGGACCCUACUCGAACUUUAAUCAUCUUCUGCUACGAAUUUGCAUUGAAAAAAACUUUGGAACGCCAGAGUGAUCCCUAGAGGGGUAGUUUUAUGUGCUCUUGUGGGUUUCACUCAAGGGAUCAUUCCAAAUCUUCAUAUAGGGGGAACUAUGGCUUGCCAAGGACAUUUUGGAGAAGCAUGUUAGUGGUCCCUAGACGUCUUUUUGAUCUUCAAAUAACAAUUAAAAAAAAAAAUGAAAGACCCCUAUAGGAACCACUUGAGCCUUUGGGGGCCAGGGUCAGAUCUAAAACCUCUAUAGAAACCAGCUAAACUUCACUUCAUCUGAGGACCUUUCUCGUGGCCUAUGUGGUCUGUUUUUUUUCGUCCUAACCCCUCUAGUGACCAUUCUGGCGUUCCUAAGAUCAAUUCCAGUUUCAGUUUAUUUUUCAGGUAGAUCUGGUUAACCAACGGGUCGUCAGUGAACAGGAAGGCCUUGAACUCGCCAAACAGCUCAAAUUAAUGUACAUAGAAACGUCGGCCAAGGUUUUUCUCAGAAAAUCAAUGAUUACGGUAAUUAUCGCUCUAGGACCCGCCAAUCAACGUCGACGCCGCUUUCCAUGAACUUGUCAGGAUCGUGAGAAGUUUCCCCAGUGAGGAAGGCGAUGAACAGGUGGGAAUUCGGGAAUUUUGAUCGAAAAAAAAAAUUCCAAGUAUUUUUUUUUAUGAAACUGUCUAGGAACUUCUUUUGAAAUCAAUUUUGCGAAAUUUCAAAUUGUCUCUGACCCUCCAAAGUUUCGUUAUCUUUUUGACUCUCUGUUGGAAAAAAUUACUUUGAACACGGCAUUAAGUAAAAAGGUCUUCGAUAAUCAAUACAACUUUGAAAAAAAUUUAUUCUUAUUUCAGUUGUGGAGCCGUAAAGUCAUUUUUUUCGAAAUCAGUAUCGAGAAUAGGAAUAGAAAUUUUUGUUUAAUCCAGCAGUUACUCCAAGAAAAUAAAAGAUCUCUUAAUUUCAAUUUUACAAAAAGAAAAAAAGUGAAUUUCAAUAAAAUAUAUAUCAAAAAAACUUUGAAAAUCACAUUGAAAAAAAUGUUUUUUUCUUUUUAAAUUUUUCAUUUUUUUGAUUUUUUUCUAGCACCGGAAUUUUUUUGAUUUUUUUCUAAACAUGUAUCUUGAAUUUUUUUGAGAUGACAGUAUAAAUGUGCAAAAUCAAUAUUUCUCUGAAUCAUAUAGAUUUAAUUUUUGUUCUUGAAUUUUCAAGUUUAAAAAAAUGAGAAAUGCGCAUUUUUGUCUAAGUGUUUUUUUCUCAAGUUCAUCGUUUUGAAAUAGCUAUAAAGUCAAUAUUUCUCAACUUGGAAGGCCAUGAUCGCAAUUUAAAUUGCUGAAAGUGUAGUGAUUGCUUUUUAGUCGCGCCCGACUCAAAACGACUUGCGCUUCGAAGCUUCAGAAAGUAUUUGAGAUCUUUGAGCCUUGAAAUUAGAAUUUUCUCUCUUUCAACUGUAGAUCAAAAAGGAAAUAUUCAGGCCGCCAGUUCCGCCGUCCCGCGAACGAAAAAGAGCAAAGACAAGCAAAAAUGCACGAUCAGCUGA